UCGGUGGCCGAGUGCUGGGGCGUCAGUCGGAGUCGCUCCAUUAUGAAAGCGGCGGCUCCCGCGGGCUCGGCACUCUGCACCACCCGGGGCUCUCCCGCGCUGUCCGCCCGCUCGCCACGUCGAUGGCUCAAGGCCACGCGGAGCCACUCCUGCAGCCUCACCCAUGAAGAGAAUGUUCCAGUUCCCCUUGCAGACUGAGCUCGAAGAGUCCCAAAAAUCCUGGAUAGAGAAUACUUUUACCAAGAGAGAAUGUGUUUAUAUAAUUCCAAGCUCAAAAGACCCACACAGAUGUCUUCCAGGAUGUCAGAUAUGUCAGCAGUUGGUCAGGUGUUGCUGUGGACGAUUGGUCCGGCAGCAUCUUGGCUUCACUGCAAGUCUGGCAAUGAAGUACUCCGAUGUAAAAUUGGGUGAGACUGCAAACUUGGAGAAAGAAGAAUGGUCAGUGGAGAAACACACUAAUGAGAGCCCAACAGAUGCUUAUGGAGUUAUUAAUUUUCAGGGAGGGUCACAUUCUUAUAGGGCCAAGUAUGUGCGAUUAUCCUAUGACACCAAACCUGAAGCUGUUUUAAGAUUAAUGUUGAAAGAGUGGCAGAUGGAGCUACCUAAGCUUGUCAUAUCUGUGCAUGGAGGAAUGCAGAACUUUGAACUCCAUCCACGCAUUAAGCAAGUUGUUGGAAAAGGCUUGAUCAAGGCAGCGGUGACCACAGGAGCUUGGAUUCUAACUGGAGGAGUGAAUGCAGGUGUUGUGAAACAUGUGGGUGAUGCACUGAAAGAACAUAUUUCGCGAUCUUCUCGGAAGAUUUGUACAAUUGGGAUUGCCCCUUGGGGGGUCAUUGAAAAUAGGAAUGACCUCAUUGGAAGAGAUGUUAUUGUACCUUACCAGACCUUAUUGAACCCUCUGAGUAAACUGAAUGUUCUAAAUAGUUUGCAUUCCCAUUUCAUUCUGGUGGAUGAUGGCACAGUCGGGAAGUAUGGUGCUGAAGUCAAGCUUCGGAGAGAACUAGAGAAACACAUCAAUCUCCAAAAGAUUCAUGCAAGAAUAGGCCAAGGUGUACCAGUAGUUGCUUUAAUAUUUGAGGGUGGUCCCAACGUGAUCCCCACUGUGCUGGAAUACCUGCUAGAGACACCCCCUGUACCUGUGGUUGUAUGUGAAGGGACUGGGCGAGCUGCAGACCUCCUAGCCUAUGUGCACAAGCAGACUGAGGAGGGAGGAAUGCUUCCUGAUGGGUUGGAAUUGGAAAUCCUCACCACAAUCAAAAAGACCUUCAACUUCAGCCAAAAUGAGGCGUAUCAUUUAUUCCAGACUCUGAUGGAAUGUAUGAAGGCUAGAGAACUUAUCACAGUAUAUCACAUCGGGGCAGAGGAACACCAAGACAUAGAUGUGGCCAUUCUAACCGCUUUGUUAAAGGGUACCAAUUCUUCUGCAUUGGAUCAAUUGAUCUUAACUCUUGCGUGGGACAGAGUGGACAUUGCCAAGAAUCAUGCAUUUGUUUAUGGGCAGCAGUGGCUGGUUGGGUCACUUGAACAAGCAAUGUUGGAUGCUCUUGUCAUGGACAGAGUGGAAUUUGUAAAACUCCUUAUUGAAAACGGAGUCAGCAUGCACAAGUUCCUCACAAUUCCUAGACUUGAAGAGCUAUACAAUACCAAACAAGGGCCCACUAAUCCAACACUACUUCAUCUAGUGAGAGAUGUAAAACAGGGGAACCUUCCUUCAGAUUAUAAAAUCACUUUGAUUGAUGUGGGUCUCGUCAUCGAAUAUCUCAUGGGUGGAACGUAUCGAUGUACAUACACAAGGAAACGUUUUAGAAUUAUCUAUAACAAUCUUCAUGGACACACGAGGAGAUCUGGGCGGCAUUCAUCAAGUAGUAUACCUCAGUUGCGCAAACACCAAGAAUCACUGACCAAUCGAGCAGACAAAAAAGAAAAGACUCGACAUAAUCACUUCAUUAAGACUGCACAGCCUUAUAAACCUAAGCCUGAAUCCUCUGUUGAUCAGGGAAAGAAAAAGAGAACCAAAGAUGAAAUUGUGGACAUUGAUGACCCAGAAACCAGAUGUUUUCCCUAUCCUUUCAAUGAACUGCUGGUGUGGGCUGUACUAAUGAAGAGGCAGAAAAUGGCUAUGUUCUUUUGGCAACAUGGAGAAGAGUCCAUGGCGAAAGCUUUAGUUGCUUGCAAGCUAAAUCGAUCCAUGUCCUGUGAAGCAAAGCAGAGUGAUGUUGUUGAUGAUACUUCUGAAGAACUGAAGCAAUCUUCUAGUGAAUUUGGGCAAUUAGCUGUUGAUUUACUGGAUCAGUCAUUCAGACAAGAUGAAACCAUGGCUAUGAAGUUGCUGACUUAUGAAUUGAAGAACUGGAGCAACUCAACCUGCCUCAAGUUAGCUGUCCAUUCAAGACUUCGACCGUUUGUAGCCCACACCUGUACUCAAAUGCUGCUGUCGGAUAUGUGGAUGGGAAGAUUAAAUAUGAGAAAAAAUUCAUGGUACAAGGUUAUUCUCAGUAUUCUUUUCCCACCUGCUAUUCUCAUGCUGGAGUUUAAGACCAAGGCUGAAAUGUCUCAUAUUCCUCAAACAGAGGAUGCACAUCAAAUGAACAUGGAAGACAGUGAACACAACUUUCAGAGUCCAACUGAUCAAAUAUCAAUGGAAGUAUUUAAAGAAGAAGGAAUCUGUGACCACCAUGAAGUGAAACAUGAAGAUGCAAGUCUGACUAAACCAAGGAGGUUGCCUGUCACAAGAAAGUUCUACUCCUUCUACCAUGCACCAAUUGCAAAGUUUUGGUUUAACACAUUGGCUUAUUUGGGAUUUCUCAUGCUAUACACAUAUGUCGUUCUGGUACGAAUGCAGGAGUUACCAUCGGUGCAAGAAUGGAUUGUGAUUUCCUUCAUUUUUACCUUAGCCAUAGAGAAAAUUAGAGAGAUCUUCAUGUCAGAAGCUGGAAAGAUAAGUCAGAAGAUCAAAGUCUAUUUCAGUGACUAUUUCAACAUCACUGACACACUUGCAAUUGUUUUGUUUUUUGUUGGUUUUGGACUGAGGUUUGGAAGUGGGCAAGUGAGGAUUGCUGGGAGAACAAUGUAUUGCCUCAAUAUUAUAUUCUGGUAUGUACGACUUCUGGAUUUCCUGGCAGUCAAUCAGCAUGCAGGGCCCUACGUCACAAUGAUAGGUAAAAUGGUGGCAAACAUGUUUUAUAUUGUGGUAAUUAUGGCAGUGGUAUUGCUGAGCUUUGGAGUUCCAAGGAAAGCAAUCCUUUACCCAGAUGAAUCUCCAUCCUGGGAACUAGCGAAAGAUAUUGUCUUUCAACCUUAUUGGAUGAUUUAUGGUGAAGUAUAUGCAUAUGAAAUUGAUCCCUGUGCCAAUAAUACUGAAGAUGGUGCAAAGCAACGCUGUGUCAUUGGAUAUUGGAUAACGCCAUUUUUACAGGCAGUCUACCUCUUUGUACAGUAUAUCCUCAUGGUGAAUCUUCUCAUUGCAUUUUUCAACAAUGUGUAUUUCCAAGUGAAGGCCAUUUCAAACAUUGUGUGGAAAUACCAGCGGUACCACUUUAUCAUGGCAUAUCAUGAAAAACCUGUGCUGCCACCACCUCUCAUCAUCCUCAGCCACUUUGCUUUGUUGAUCUCUCACCUUUGCCGACAAGGAAAGAAACGUGACCGAGGUCAAGGAGGGCCAAAACUGUUUGUGAGUGAGGAUGACCAGAAAAAGUUGCAUGACUUUGAAGAGCAAUGUGUGGAUAAGUAUUUCCAUGAGAAAGAGGAUCGGUUUCAUUCAGGUAGUGAGGAACGAAUUCGAGUGACUUCUGAAAGAGUUGAAAACAUGUCCAUCCAAUUAAAAGAAGUAGGUGACCGAGUAAAUUACAUAAAGCGGUCAUUGCAAACAUUGGACAGUCAGAUUGGGCACCUGCAGGACCUGUCAGCUCUUACAGUGGAUACAUUGAAAGCACUGACUGCUCAAAAAGCUUCUGAGGCCACAGAGGUGCACAACGAAAUUACUCGUGAGCUCAGCAUUUCAAAAAAUCUGGGAGAGAAUGUUUCUGAUGUCCCACUUAAAACUUCAUUGAAGAAGCACAGCAUUGGAAGAUACUUUGGCUCUUCUUUUCCUCAGCGAGGGAUGAACACUGGCAAUUCUAUCUGUGCCGAUGGUUUCUUUCAAGAAUACAUUAACUCUUCCCAAAAGGAGCUGUUGGGCAGAAAACUUGGUCAGGAAUUGCUUCCAGGUUCCCAGCAGAAUGAACAGAAUGUUCACGAGGCUGGUUCCUCUGGCUGUGCCUUAUUACCAAAAGCAGCAGCUUUCUCUGAACUUCGACAUCGAAGCCAUAUUGGGCUUGGGAAAACUCAGUCUUUGACCAAUGACCAGAAACCAGGACAGUCGUUCCAUAGCAUACCUAAUCUCUCCUCCCCAUCCGCCAAAUUUUUUGUUAGUACCCCAUCUCAGCCAAGUGGCUCAAGCCAGUUGGAGCUUGUGCCAGAUUCGGUCGAUUCAAUUAAAACUGGUGUAGAUGCUGACGGGAGUUCUGUUGAAUUUGGGGCUUUUGUUGGGCACAAAGAUGUAUUGGAGCUGCCAAAGUUAGGACCUGGAGGAGCAAUAAAGUUGAAGGAGCAGAAAUCAACUGUGGGAGUCAUUCAUGAUUUGGGUACCCACCAUGGUGACUAUCAUUUGAGAGCAGUGAAUUCUUAUGCUGGAUUUGCAGAGCUUCAUGGCAGUCAGUUAGCUUCUACCGCAUCUGCUCAAGCGUUCUCUUUACAAGGUAGAGGUGGUAAAGACAGGACCAGGGCCUCGGCUGAAGAUGUAACAUUCUACCGAGAGGAUUCAAAAGCUUCUCUGGGUCGUCUGGAAGACAAGCCUGUUGCAACCAGUUGUCAAAUGGCUGCUGGUGAGGACGCCUUAAGUGCACAACACUUUUACAAUGCUCAUCCAUCUCACACACGGCAAAGGAAGAUGGGAGUGAUUGGUUCUCCUUUUAAACCUGCACUGGAUGUAAAUUACUACUAUUCAGCUGUUGAGAGGAAUAAUUUGAUGCGGCUUUCUCAGAGCAUUCCGUUUACUCCUCUUCCAAACAGGGGUGAACCUGUGACAAUAUAUCGGCUUGAGGAGAGCUCACCAGUCAGUCUGAACAAUAGCAUGUCCUCCUGGUCACAGCAGGGCCGAAGUGCCAAGAUUGAGUUCUUAAGUAAAGAAGAAAUGGGAGGAGGAUUGCGACGAGCUUUGAAAGUGGAGUGCACGUGGUCUGAGUUUGAUGUACUAAAACCAGGUCAGCUGUAUAUUGUGAAGUCUUUUCUUCCUGAAGUAAUAAACACAUGGAAGAGAAUCUACAAGGAAGAUACCGUACUACAUCUGUGUUUGAAGGAGAUUCAGCAGCAAAGGGCUGCACAGAAGCUCGCCUUUGCCUUCAACCAAAUGAAACCAAAGACCAUUCCAUACUCUCCAAGGUUCCUGGAAGUGUUCCUUCUGUAUUGUCAUUCAGCAAGCCAAUGGUUUGCAAUUGAAGAAUGUAUGACCGGGGAGUUCCGGAAAUUUAAUCAUAACAGUGGUGAUGAGAUCCGUCCAAACAACAUGCUGGAGGAGACCAUGCUUGCCUUUAGUCACUGGACAUAUGAGUAUACAAGAGGUGAACUAUUGGUUCUGGACUUGCAGGGUGUUGGGGAGAACUUAACUGAUCCAUCAGUAAUAAAGUCUGAGGAGAAACGGUCACAUGACAUGGUAUUUGGACCUGCCAAUUUGGGAGAAGAUGCAGUUAAAAAUUUUCGAUCAAAACACCAUUGUAAUUCUUGCUGUGGGAGACUUAAACUUCCUGAUAUCAAACGGAAUGAUUAUACCCCAGACAAAGUGGCUCUGUCUCAAGAUGAUGUGGAAGUUGCAAUCCAGUCUGGCAGUGGUACCAAAGAUGUACAAAACUCGAUACGCUUAAUGAUUUAGCCACAGAAUGGUACAGAGACUGUCUCUCCGUGGCAGAAACUUGAAAUUGCCUGAAGUCGCCUUGUCGCUGAAUCAGAAGGAUUGCAAAGAGUUCUGUGGAAGCGACUUCCUAAAAUCCAAUCUUGGACGAUUUGUUGAAAGAAACAAAGGGUAAAGAAUGCUGUGACUUGUCCGUAGUCUUGUCUGAUGCAUUGGCAGUGCAAUCUAAAUGUAACUGGCUAUUUUGUUGUUGUGUAUUGACCUGUUGUGAGAAUUGCAGUAAUCAUCACAUUGCAGCAAGCAAUGAUGAGCUGAAAUUAUCUGUUAGCAGAAAGCAUUAUUCUCUGCAGAGCAAUCCACGUCGAAAGCAAAUUUAAUUGAAGUGUAAAGAUUUUAAAGCUAAAUGUCCAGUUUUAAGUCUUCACAAUGCAUACGUUUUAACCAUUUUUAAUCAAUUUAUUAAAUAAAGCCAUUUAAAUUGGUACAAGCUUAACUGUACCAAGAUGCAAAUAAUAUUUAAACUACAAAUUACCAAGCAGAAAAAUCCUCCAUAAAAUGUGAAGUAGAGUUUGUCUGACAAAAUCUGGCAGGUUUUAAUGAGUAUAUCAAUUAAACUAACACAUGAAAAAUGCAAGAAUUGUUAGUCAGCACAGUCAAAAGAAUGUUCUGGUAAUAUGAUUUUAAUGAAUUUCAGUUGUAUAGACACCUUGGUGUAAUGCUAGAAUUUGUGGUACAUGCAGAUUGAAUUUAAAAGGAAGUAUUGAAAUCCUUGUAUAUAUGGUAAUGGGCAGAUUGCAAUCUAUCUUUAUGCAAAUAAUGAGACCUGAGUUGGUUGAAUUGUCAGCACGAUGAAGCCACAUGUCUACCUUAAAAUAUUUAUGUAAAUGGUGACAGUGAGGCAUCUUUUCUAUGUUACAAAGAGGUACUAUUGUCAUUUUUAAAACAAGGGUGUUUAUAUGAAGAGCUGUAUAAUUUUUAAUCUAAUAGAUGUAUCUUAUAGAUACUGUAUGUAAGGCACGAACACAAAAUAAGACGAUGGUUUUACAUAGGUUGGAUGGUAAAAGCGAAGAGCUAAUGGGAUCAUGCUGCAUAAAUUUUGUACAUCAUUUAAUCUAAUAAAAGAUUUUUUUGAA